AUGAGUCGUGAUUCUAUUCUAAAAAAACACUGUCAUGAUUGGGACCAACUACCUGUGCAAAAUAUACCACAUACACCGAAACUAUACAUCCCUAACUAUAAAAGAAUUUAUAAAAGUAUAUUCAUCGUGGGCAGUUUUGACAAGCUCUCCCAACAAGUCUCAUUGAAAUCUAUUACAAUUGAAAUGACCAUGGAGCUUGCGUUGAUCGUUUUUUCUGUUAUGGCCAGUUCUUGGUGCCAAAAUGGAAAGAUCACAAAAAACUUACAAUUGGUGAUGGGAUGGUUUUGUAAAGAAAAUGAGAAUCGUUGUCCAAACGCAUGCAUGGAUCUUUGA